UUUGACAAAAAAAUGACUUUGGCGAUUAUUUUAACAGUGUGACGAUAUAUCCAAACCGUCGAAUGCAUAGGUCAAAUGUUGACCGAUGUUGACAUAGGCGUCUCUCCGCCCCUUGAACGUAACAGCUGCGGCAUCACUUAACUGUCCGCAUCUGCGUGAUUGCGACAUUUCCGACAGUCGCUGAAGGCAGCACCAGAUCCAUCCAGGAGAGCAUCUGUAGUUCAGUGAGAGGAGAGAGAGGGCCGAUACCACAGCAACAGACACCGGACACUGGCUCGUCGUCAGGAGUUAACAGGCGCUUUCCUGACACUCCGGGUUCUCGAAAUUUCGUGACCAACACCAGCGUGCACAGUCAUCAUGGCGGAGGCCCACCAGGCGGUGGCCUUCCAGUUCACGGUCACCCGAGAUGGCAUUGAUCUGCAGCUGUCCCACCAGGCCCUCACUGAGAUCUACCUCUCUGGUGUGCGCUCCUGGAAGAAGCGGAUCAUCGGUAUCAAGAACAGCGUGAUAACGGGGGUGUAUCCUGCUAGUCCUUCCUCCUGGCUAUUUGUGGUAAUUGCAAUCCUGGCUACUAUGUACACGCGCUCCGACCCCUCCAUGGGACUCAUAGCCAAGAUACAGGAGCACCUGCCAGUCAGCCAGUCGAUGAGUACCCAGUGCCAGACGGUGGUGUCAGCAGUGCUCUUCAGCACCAUGCUAUGGCUCUUACUCAUCUUCACCAUGCGCCUGUGCCUCAAACAGCUGCUCUCCUACCACCGCUGGAUGUUCGAGAAGCACGGCAAGAUGUCCAACACCACCAAAGUCUGGGUGGCGCUGGUGCGGAUCUUCUCUGGCAGAAAGCCUUUGCUCUACAGCUACCAGGGUUCGUUGCCAAACAUGCCUGUGCCUGCCAUCAAGGACACAGUCAAAAGGCACUUGGAAUCAAUGCGUCCACUGUUGGAUGACACAAGCUAUGAACGCAUGACCAAUCUGGCGGCGGAGUUUGAGAGCGGCGUUGGUAACCGCCUGCAGUGGUACCUCAAACUCAAAGCUCUCUGGGCCACCAACUACGUUAGUGACUGGUGGGAGGAGUAUGUCUAUCUUCGUGGACGCAGCCCAAUAAUGGUCAACAGUAACUAUUACGGCAUGGACUUCAUGUAUGUGACGCCCACACCCAUCCAGGCGGCCAGGGCAGGCAACAGCCUUCACUCGCUCUUCCUUUACCGCCGCAAACUCAACAAAGAAGAGCUUCAACCUAUCCGUUUACCAGGCUCUGGCAUUCCUCUGUGUUCAGCUCAGUGUGAGAGACUAUUCAGCACCACACGCAUUCCUGGAGAGGAGACCGACACUCUCACACAUUGGCAGGACAGUGACUAUAUAGCCGUAUACCACAAGGGUCGCUACUUCCGUCUUAGGAUGUACCAUGCAGGCAGACUCCUGACGCCCAGGGAGAUUGAAUUCCAGGUUCAGAGGAUCCUCGAUGACCCUUCACCUCCCUGCAAAGGAGAAGUCAAACUGGCAGCCCUGACUGCUGGAGAGAGAACUCCAUGGGCUAAAGCCAGAACAAAGUUUUUCAGCAGUGGAGUCAAUAAACGUUCUCUGGACUGCAUUGAGAAAGGAGCCUUCUUCGUGACCCUGGAAGAUGACGAUGACGACAUAAAGGCAGAUGACCCGACACUUUUAGAUUUCUACGCCAAAUCCUUGAUGCAUGGGAAAUGUUAUGACAGGUGGUUUGACAAGUCCUUCUCAGUUGUUUACUACAAAAAUGGAAAAAUGGGGCUCAACGCAGAACACUCUUGGGGUGACGCGCCAGUGAUGGCACACUUAUGGCAGGCGCAUUGUUCUAAUGACUGUUUCCAGCUCGGUUAUAAUGCAGAAGGUCACUGCAAAGGAGAAGUGGAUUCAUCACUACCACGACCACAGAAAUUGAACUGGGAAAUCCCUCCAGAGUGCGAGGAGCAAAUUUCUCAGUCUCUGGCAGUGGCCCAGGCCCUGGCUGAUGAUGUGGACUUGCACGUUUUCAUCUUCCGAGACUUUGGCAAAGGAAAGGUCAAGAAGUGUCGAGUCAGUCCAGAUGCCUUCAUUCAGAUGGCUCUUCAGUUGGCCUACUACAGGGACCAGAAGAGAUUCUGUUUGACGUAUGAAGCCUCAAUGACCCGUCUGUUCAGGGAGGGCAGGACAGAGACUGUUCGCUCCUGUACCAGUGAGAGCUGUGCCUUCAUCCGAGCGCUGGAGGGUGGAGAGGCAACAGAUGUGUGCAGACGUUUGUUCCAGGAAGCCACAGAAAAGCACCAGAAUCUAUACCGUUUGGCUAUGACUGGAGCUGGCAUCGACAGACACCUCUUUUGCCUCUAUGUGGUGUCCAAAUACCUCGGAGUGGAGUCUCCCUUCUUAAAAGAGAUGCAGUCUGAGGCCUGGCGGCUGUCCACCAGUCAGACUCCAGUUCAAAUUGAGAUGUUUGAUGUCGUCAACCACCCAGAUUAUGUCGUCUGUGGAGGGGGCUUUGGACCGGUUGCUGAUGACGGUUACGGGGUGUCCUACUGUGUCGUGGGAGAGAACAUUUUCGGUUUCCACAUCUCGUGCAAACACUCAUGUCCAGACACUGACGCCCAUAGGUUUGGUGGUGAGAUCAUAAAAGCCCUGCACGACCUGCUGGAGCUGCUGAGCCCUGGCCGAACAGAGCUCAAGACACAGCUGAAGUCAUCAGAAGUCAAGAAGAACCUGUAGGCAGUUACUCAGGAGAAAAGGGUGCUGAAGGGAAAAAGUGCAAGCAUAAAUGUUACACUACAAACUGAGGCAAGACAGGGUGUGUUACAUGAGGCUUUGGGAGACAUUUUUAGCCAGCCAGAUGAUAUUCAAGGGACACCGUCAAUGGGAAAACUGAUAAAAUGGAGGGAAUGUUUUUACUGAUAUGCAUCUAUGUUUGUGUGAUAGGUGUGUGAGAAGGUAAAAGGUCCGUAGGUUAAUAAAUAACAAAGAAGUGUCAUUCAAUUGCAGUAGGGCCUAUUGGUCUAGUUUAGGGAUGUCCCGAUCCGAUACAUUUAAUAUUUAAUAUUGAUCCAAUAGUUGUAUUUUUUCCUAAUUAAUACAGCUGCACACUUCAGUUACUUUCAAGUUAUUAAAAUCAUAUAUGCUUGACAGCUAAAUAGCUCUGCUCUUUUAAGAAAAAAAUGACUGCAUCUAAGCUGUUACAUAAUGCUUAUUUAUCUUUUAACAAAAUUAGACAGUAUAAAAUAGGAAACCAUCUCUGUAAUCCUUUUGACAUUGUCACUGUUUCGAGGGGAUUUCUCCUUUAAGUGUCCUCUAGUUUUCGUUGCUUGACUGCAGCCUGCGCCUGAGUUACUUGAAUUAACUGUGUUACGUUUACAUCUUUAUUUUAGUUUUUUUUUGUUGCACAGUUUAAAUUAAUAUAUUAACCUACUCACACACAUGAAGCGGUCGUUAACAGGAUGACAGCAAAACACAAGAGACUGAGUUAAAAUUUGUGCACAUAAAUAAACAGUCUCAUACUGUACUCACGUUGCUGUGCAUGAAAGCUUCACAAGUAAAAACAUCAAUGCAA